AUGUCGUCGUCUAUCGAGUUUGCGUAUCCGCCUCAGACCGUCGUUGAAAAGGGCAAUCGUUACUCUGUAGCGAUCCUCCUCUCGACAGUGUUUUCGUCUCUUGUCCUUGGCUUCAUUCUCUCGCAAGCUAGACGUUACAUCCGCGUUGCGAGAACUGUAAGACGCAAGGAUAUAUCAACUCAUUGGAGCGUCGGACUUUUGUUCGUGGUCGUACUAGCCCAAAUGGCGCUUCUAUGGGUGAUUGCCUGGACGAUCCUUGUUCAGGCAGAUUCAUGGUCCUCUUUGACUAUGCUCAGACUACAAGCCUCGACAGAGAUCUUGACCCUCAUUAUUACCCUGCUCGGCGGAGCGUUGCUCGCGAAAGCUCAUGGGUCCAAAUUUAAGAAUCUCUGGACUGUCGGAGUCAUUCUGAUCUCAACGAGUGCAUUCAUUGCUCUCAGUGUCUUUAAUAUCGGACGUCGCAUGUACCGCACGAAUGAUUCUGCACUGCUUCAAGUAACCUCUAUUGCGACGUAUAUUGUCGCCAAUGGUGGGUUCACCGCGUGCACGUUAUACAGACAACUUGAAUUUCGGUCAACGCAAUUCAAUUUCACAACGCUGGGUGAUACUCUGCUCGAAUCCGCCUCGUCUUCGCUCGUAUUUGCACUGGUCUCGCUCGUUCUUGCUGCCGUCUAUGAGAAGCAAGACCUUGUAGCGAGCGAAUACAUCAGUCUCGCCGCGUUGAACCUCGCAGUCUCUGCACUCUUCUCCCUCAAUAGGCGAGAUGGACUUUCGCCUUUUGCCGUGCGUGAAUACAAGGACGUUCACUCGUUUGUAGCGCUCGACUUUGCGAAUCCCCCCACGCAGGGGCCUAUUGAGCCACACUCGGCGAUGCAGUUCAAUCCAGUAACCAAUUCGUGGUCUCAUUUGAACGAGGCUACUUGGGGCUCUCGGUUGGUCUCUAAUUCUAUCGGCACACCGCGCCCACCAAAGACACGUUCUGCGUUUGUCGCGAGGACGUCCAGUCUUGGUUCAUUGGAGGAGGAUCCGUCGGCGAAUGAGACUCUUUCUCCGCUACCAGAGGCACAUAUUAGCCCAACGCAGAGGCAAAACGAUUCACGACGGUGGAAGAUGCUCGCUGUUCGCCAAAUCUCCAUGUCACGCCCUGUCACGAUUCUCUCUGGAUUCGACUUUACAUUAUCUACACCUAGUUCCUUUUCCACGACCCUGACAAACUCUAUCGUGGCCGAAUCUUCGCAGCCAGACGGCCCAAACAACGAUUCGGCAUUGAACCAUGCGGCCCAUGCCUUCUUUCGUAACAAAGGUGCAAUGGCUGGCCUGUUCACCGCCGCAGGCUUGCUCCUCGUCGCCGCACUGGCUCUCUGCUUGGCUUACCGAAGACGAGCGAUUAGAAGAACCCAGCACUCUGUCGAGGAACAUGUUUCAGUAUCGAGCUUGGGAGAGAAGCACGAAGCUGUAGGCUACUUGCAGGAGAGGACGGGAACGACUUUCCGUCUCGGGCCAGGCAUUCAAUCCUACAGAGACCAUCCGUUCGCUUCUCCGGAACUAUCGAUAUCUGGACGUUCAACACCCAGUAUCGUGGUUCAUCAUCGGACAGAACUGUCCGCAACGAAAAGGCAAAGUCAACCCCUGUCGUUGCCACUUUCACCCAGCUUGGAAGAAUUUGUAGCUCUGGGUGCAUCGCGGUAUCAUCUUUCGGCCAACUUGUAUCUACCAAAUCAUCCACAACCACCACUGCUCCUUUCAGAAGAGGCGAGACAUCGAAUACGUACUGGGGAAAAGGGCAAAAGGGCUGGCGAUGGAGGAAAUGACCUCACCCGACUCUCGCUUCUCAAGGCAAACUCUCUCCAAGCAGACUUCAACUAA